AUGGCUGAUAAAAGUGCUUACGUUCCACCAGAAGCUUUAGAUGGAUCAAAUGGAGGAAUUAAAAAAGAUUCAAGUGAUGUCGAUUUAGAUGAUGUUGAUUUUUUUGCUAAACCAGCACAAGCACCAGCACCAGCAAAAAAACCACCCGUAACUCCACCACCAGUUGUUGCACCAACACCUCCAGUGACUAAAGCAAGCCCUAUACAACCAAAAAAACCAACAAUUGUUUAUAAGAAAGCAACAAACUAUCAAAAAACUUUUGCUGGUAACAAAAAUUAA